AAAACACAAACAGAUGACAAAACUGGCAGAUGGAUCUUUUGUAAGGUCUUUGAUCUGCAAUUCCCGGUUACGUCUGAUCGGGGCGGCCGUGAUCCGGGUCGGUCGCAUCUGAGCGGCGGGUCUGAUGUACUGCACGAGCUGCCGUAGAGUGUGUGUCACUCCCUCAUCAGCGGCUCGCUGGAAACAUGGCGUCAUUGCACACACGGGCGAGCCUUAACUCUGCAGACGGAUAGUGAAAGAAAAGUGUGCACCGGGACUUAUAGCACGCACCUGUCUUUGCAAAGUCGAGCUUUAUUUUCCUGGACAUGUUCUGAUUCGUGCACGAGUGAAGAGAGAGUCAUCCCGUCGAUUCGGCCCCGGUUAUGGAGCCUCCAGAUAAUAGCAGGCUGAGGGACUCGUUCAAAGACGUGUCCCAGCAGAACACUGACGUGGAUGAGUCUUGGGACGAGCCCAUUCAGGAAGAGGAGGCUCUGUACGGCACCUCCCCUCCUCUCACUCCGCGGCAAAUAAAGCGCACGUCCAUCAAACACCAUAGAACUGGCCAGGGGUCAAAGGGCAAAGGGAAACCACGUUCAUCCAGCCCGUUGUCUCAAAGAGAACGUGAGGGAGCAAAAUCAGCAGAACCUCCUGAGGAGCACAGCUACGAGCACAAAAAGAAAGUGCUCUCCAACCAGCGUACCAACGAGCGAGACAGCAAGAGGACAUUUGAGGGCUCCUUCAUGCUAGAUUCAGUGUCAAGGACCAGUAACAUCGGAUCCAGAAACAUGGACCCCCGCAGACCCUACCUGAGCCUGGGCAUGAUCCACAUGCGUCCCAACCGGCAAACCUCUCGCACCGACUGUCCGGCAGAUCGCCUCAAGUUCUUCGAGACUCUGCGGCUGCUGCUCAAGCUCACCUCCAUGUCAUCCAAGAAGAAGGAGAAGGAGCAACGAGGCCUGGAGAACACAGCCUUCAUGGGCCAGAACAAUGAGGUGAUCUGGUUGGAGUUGCAAGCCUGGCAUGCCCGGCGCAGCAUCAAUGAGCAGGACCUGUACCUGUUCACUGCUCGCCAAGCCAUACCUGACAUCAUCAACGAAGUGCUACACUUCAAAGUGGACUAUAGCAGCCUAGGGGGGCACGAGAGCAACCUGACAACAGAACAGAACGACUCCUGCUCUGACGAAAGCAAUUGCAGGAACGAUCCGUUUAGCUUCAGAGACUGCGCCGCAUCUUGGGGAGAGAUAGACGCCGCUGCUCCAUUUUCUUCAACUCUGGAGUGCCGUGAACACCUGCAGAAACAGCGCGUAGCUUUUGAUCAAGUGAAGUGGGUCAUGUCGCUGUUGGAGUCAGUGGAGGCUUUGUACCCAUCUCUUCAAACCUUGCAGAAGGACUAUGAGAAAUAUGCCGCUUGGGACUUCCAGGGCAGGGUGCAGGCGCUCUGCUUGUGGCUCAACAUCACUCAGGACCUCAAUCAGAAGUUGCGGGUCAUGGGCACCGUGCUGGGCCUCAGGGACCUUUCCCGCAUCGGCUGGCCUGUCUUUGAGAUCCCCUCGCCUCGAUGCUCCCGCGGCAACGAGGAUGAGGAAGACGAGGGCCAGUCAACCCCGACCUUCGAGAACAACAAUGGGGAGGAGAGGACUUUGAGCGAGGCGACUAGCGACGGCGAGCAGUCGCCUUGCCUCACUCCAAAGUUUUCGUCGUCGGAGGAGUUUCUCCUGAGGGACGAUGAGGCUCACUGCUGCCCCACUGCCAUCUACAGGCCGUUUGUGGAUAAGGCACUUAAACAAAUGGGGCUGCGGAAACUGAUUCUCAGACUGCACAAGCUGAUGGAUCGCUCCCUGCAAAGAUCCAGAACCGCACUGUUGAGUCACAUGCCAGCUCAAGAGCUGUCAGCAGCACCGGGUUAUUCCUUGCAGCACUGUGACUACCUACCCGAGCUUUCUCGUCACUUAUCCGACCCAGUGGGUGAGGAGGCGGAGUCUGAACGGGUAUCGUGGAAGGAGCUAAUAGACAUGGACCUGCCUUCGUUCCGGUCGGCCUUCUUAGUGCUUUGCCGCGUGCUGCUAAAUGUCAUUCACGAGUGCCUCAAACUGCGACUGGAGCAAAGGCCAGCAGGAGAACCAUCUUUGCUUAGCAUCAAGCAGUUGGUCCGUGAGUGUAAAGAAGUUCUUAAAGGUGGGGUUUUGAUGAAACAGUACUACCAGUUCAUGCUCCGGGGCGUCAUCAACGACCCCCAGGGUCUACAGACUAACGCCAACAUCGACGAGUUCGAAGAGGAUCUCCACAAAAUGCUUGAGGUGUACUUUGACUACAUGCGCAGCUGGAUCCAGAUGUUACAGCAGUUGCCUCAAGCAUCUCACAGUCUGAAGAACCUGCUGGAGGAAGAGUGGAACUUCACUAAAGUUAUCACUCCAUAUAUCCGGGGCGGAGAAGCCCAGUCUGGAAAACUCUUUUGUGAUAUUGCUGGCAUGCUGCUAAAAUCCACUGGAGACUUCUUGGAUGCCGGCCUUCAGAAGAGUGGCAACGAGUUCUGGGAGUGUGCGGAUGACAGCACGGCUUCGGAUGAAAUCAGACGUUCUGUGAUAGAGACGAGUCGUUCCCUGAAAGAGCUCUUUCAUGAGGCCAGGGAAAGAGCAUCCAAAGCACUGGGCUUUGCCAAGAUGCUGCGCAAGGACCUUGAGAUUGCGGCGGAAUUUAGCCUAACCAGCGGGGUACCUUCUCUCCUCCAGGCACUGAAGUGUAAGAGUUAUGUCAAGGUCCUUAUCCCAGGACUGGAGGAGCUCCAGGUGUUUGUCCCGUGUGGCCUGAUGGAGCAGAGAUUGGUCAUCUUGCAGUUGUUAAAUGCAGCAGCGGGAAAGGACUGCUCUAAAGAACCGGAAGAGAUCCCUGAGGAUGAAGCCUACCUGCUCAUGAGCAAACACGGAGUGGGGGAGUCAAAUACCGACGGCGCAUGGGCCGACUGGGACGGAAGUGUUCUCAAACUAGUACCUCAGAUGGAAACUGUGGAUACGUUACGUGCCAUGAAGGUGGACAAUCUCCUUCUGGUCGUGAUGCAGUCGGCGCAUCUGGUGGCACAACGAAAAGCCUUCCAGCAGUCCAUGGAGGAUCUUCUGACCCUCAGCCGGGAACAGACAUCGAGUCAGCCCCUUAUCGUCUGCGCUCUAGAGCAACUCAAGAAUGAGGCACUCCAACUGUGUAUCAAGAUCAACACAGCGAUCGACCGUGUGGAAUACAUGUUCACAUCAGAGUUUGAAGCAGAGGUGGAGGAAACGGAGAAAGCCACGCUGCAACAGUAUUACAGAGAGGCCAUGAUCCAAGGCUACAACUUUGCUUUUGAGUAUCAUAAAGAGGUCGUCCGUCUGAUGUCUGGAGAGUUCAGGCGGAGAAUAGGGGAGCGCUACAUCGCCUUUGCCCGCAAGUGGAUGAAUUUUGUCCUCACUAAAUGUGAAAGCGGGAGAGGCACCCGUCCAAGAUGGGCAACUCAGGGCUUUGAUUUUCUUCAAGCAAUUGAGGCUGCAUUUAUAUCAGCUUUGCCAGAAGAUGACUUUCUGAGUCUGCAGGCGCUGAUGAACGAGUGUAUCGGGCAUGUUAUUGGGAAACCACAUAGUCCAAGCAGUACGUACUUUGGCACCCGGAACAGCCCUCGACCUGUUAAAGUCCCCCGUUGCCACAGCGACCCUCCAAAUCCGUACCUCUUCAUCCCUUCAUCUCAUGCUGAGGGCUUCAGCUCUCGGAGUCUUCCGUGUGAUCUGCGUUCCCAGUUGUGUCCCCCAGGUCCCCGUCCUGCCCCUCCGUUACCCCAUGGUGAACACAGCCACGCCAUGAAAUCCACCGGCAACGUCCCUAAUGACAUCAGGGGUUCUAGUGCCCAUGAGAACGACCGUCUGUCAUCUGUAGCUGCAGAACUGCAGUUUAAGUCCCUCAGUCGCCACUCCAGCCCCACAGAGGACCGAGAGGAACCUUCGUACCCUAAAGGAGACCCCAGCAGUACUGCCCGUCGCAGCUGGGAGCUGCGCAACUUUAUCAGCCAAUCAAAAGACACAGCAGCACGUCAGAGCCCCAUGGAGGCGGUUCGACGCUCCAUAUUCGCCUUCGACGAGGAGCACUACGUGCUCAUGAGACAGCGCAACAUCAUCGGUCAGGUGUGCAACACCCCCAAAUCCUAUGACAACGUCAUGCAUGUGGGGCUGCGCAAGGUCACCUUCAAAUGGCAGAGAGGCAACAAAAUAGGCGAGGGGCAGUAUGGGAAGGUGUACACAUGCAUCAAUGUGGACACUGGUGAACUGAUGGCCAUGAAGGAGAUUCGCUUCCAACCCAAUGACCACAAAACCAUAAAGGAAACGGCCGACGAGUUGAAGAUCUUCGAAGGAAUCAAACAUCCCAACCUCGUCCGUUACUUCGGAGUAGAGUUGCACAGGGAGGAGAUGUAUAUCUUCAUGGAGUACUGCGAUGAAGGGACACUAGAGGAGGUGUCUAGACUGGGUCUACAGGAACACGUCAUCCGCCUCUACAGUAAACAGAUCACGACAGCGAUCAACGUGCUUCACGAACAAGGAAUCGUACACCGUGACAUCAAAGGAGCAAAUAUCUUUCUCACGUCAUCUGGCUUGAUAAAGCUGGGGGACUUUGGUUGCUCUGUGAAGCUGAAGAACAAUGCUCAGACGAUGCCUGGAGAGGUGAACAGCACUCUGGGAACAGCAGCAUACAUGGCUCCUGAGGUCAUCACAAGGGCAAAGGGUGAAGGUCAUGGUCGGGCUGCUGAUAUCUGGAGUCUUGGUUGUGUCCUUACAGAAAUGGUCACUGGAAAGAGACCCUGGCAUGAAUACGAGCAUAACUUCCAGAUCAUGUAUAAAGUGGGUAUGGGCCACAAACCGCCCAUUCCUGAAAAGCUGAGCACAGAGGGGAAGGAUUUCCUGGCCCACUGCCUAGAGAGCGAACCCAAACGCCGUUGGACCGCCAGCGCCCUGCUGGACCACGCCUUUGUCAAGGUCUGCACAGAUGAAGAGUGAGGUGGGAGAGGUCUACGUACUCAAACGUUUACAAAAAUGCUAGCACUACUUCACGGCAUGAAAGGAACUCUGGACUUGAAAGGGGGAAGACGA